CUUCACAUUAACAAACUCUCAAACUUCCUCAUCUUUUUUUUUUUAUUACAUAAACAAUUUUUGUUUUUGUUGUUGUCAUGACGCCGACAGUUAAAACGGCAGCCGUCAAAACCAACGACGGUAACGGAGUCCGUUACAGAGGAGUGAGGAAGAGACCAUGGGGACGUUACGCAGCCGAGAUCAGAGAUCCUUUCAAGAAGUCACGAGUCUGGCUCGGUACUUUCGACACUCCUGAAGCAGCGGCUCGUGCCUACGACAAACGUGCUAUUGAGUUUCGUGGAGCUAAAGCCAAAACCAAUUUCCCUUAUUACAACAACAACCAGUGCUUGAGUUUGAGCCAGAGCCUGAGCCAGAGCAGCACCGUGGAAUCGUCGGUUCCUGCUCUCAACCUCGGAUCUGACUCUGUUAGUUCGAGAUUCCCUUUUCCUAAGAUUCAGGUUAAGGCUGGGAUGAUGGUGGUUGAUGAAAGGAGUGAAUCGGAAUCGUCGUCGGUGGUGAUGGAUCUUAGCUAUGAAGGACGACGUGUGGUUUUGGACUUGGAUCUUAAUUUUCCUCCUCCACCUGAGAACUAAGGAUUUAAUUAUGAUUAUUAGAUAUAAUUAAAUGUUUCUCAAUUGA